AUGCCUCUGUAUGAGAUGAAGCACCGGGCAGAGCUCGGUCACAAUCCGAGUCAAGAUCGCGAUGAGCUGGAUCUCGCGCGAGUGGGAAAGAAGGCUGUUCUCAAGCGCAACUUUAGUAUUCUGUCGAUUCUCGCCUUCAGCUGCACCAUUAUCGCGACAUGGGAAGGAUUGCUGGACGCCUUUCUACUUCCUAUGGCGAAUGGAGGACCCGCAGGUGCCGUGUACGGAUAUAUCUUUGCAUGGAUAGGGACUGGGUCCUGUUUUGUGGUCCUCGCCGAGCUAUCUUCCAUGGCGCCCACAUCCGGGGGACAAUAUCACUGGUGCGCAAUGCUUGCACCCCCCAGCUGCAUGAAAUUUUAUAGCUACAUCACGGGCUGGAUAACUGUUUUCGCUUGGCAAUCCGCCUUUGCGUCGAUCGCCCUAUUGAGUGGCACCGAAAUCCAGGGGGCUGCUACCUUGACCUUCAAGAACUACCAGAGCGAACCCUACCACGGGACGCUGAUUCUAUGGGCCUGCGUGCUAGUCGCUCUAGCAGUUAAUGCGAUCGGUGGUAAACUCCUGCCAUGUUUGGAAAACCUGGUUUUUGUUUUGCACCUCGUUGGUUUUUUGGCCAUUCUCAUCACACUUACCUACAUGGCAGAUCACAAAAGCGCCAAGGAGGUGUUCACGACAUGGACAAACCAGGGCGGCUGGUCCUCUAACGGCAUCGUGUUUUUCAUCGGGAUGCAAGGUAGCGUGUUUGCUUUCUCUGGUGGUGAUGCUGCCGUCCAUAUGGCCGAGGAAGUUCAGCACGCCUCGGUAGUUAUCCCUCGGGCGUUGAUUCUUACUGUUUUUAUCAACGGUAUUCUUGGAUUUGGCAUGCUGAUUGGGGUCUUGUUUUGUAUGGGCGAUCUUGAGGCAGCGACCAAGACCCCCACCGGGUAUCCUUAUAUGGAAAUCUUUCUGCAGGCAACCAAUUCAUUAGGGGGUACGAUCAUUAUGAUAUGCAUCUCGCUUGUGAUUGGUAUUUGUUCUGCAAUCGGAAUGAUAGCUGCGACCUCUCGCCAAUUGUGGUCCUUUGCGCGUGAUCGAGGGAUGCCUGGAUGGAGGGUAUGGAGUAAGGUCUCUCCCACGACGAAUAUUCCGAUUUACUCUGUGUGUUUCACCAUGACUGUUUCAUGUCUUCUUGGUCUGAUUAAUAUCGGCUCCGACGUUGCACUGAAAGACAUCCUAUCGAUGGCUGUCUCUGGCCUUUACCUCUCAUACCUAGCCGUUGCAACUUUGCUUUUGUACCGGCGUGUCUGUGGCCAUAUCCGCGCCAGCAGUGAGUGCGAGGACAUGAUUGUGAAUGUCCCCGAUGCUCCAUUAGUAUGGGGACCAUUCCAGGUUCCUGGGAUCCUGGGGACGGUCAACAACGGCUUUGCUGUUUGCUACAUGAUCAUUGUGAUUUUCUUUAGCUUCUGGCCCACAACGGUGGUGGUGGAUUAUACAUCUAUGAACUACAGUGUAGUUGGGACAGUGGGGACGGUCCUCAUCGCGAUUAUGUAUUAUGUAGUUCGGGCGAAAUAUGUUUACCACGGUCCGGUGGUAGAAGUGUGA